AUGGCUCCCCGAUACAAGGACGGAGAUGCCGUGGUUGCCAUCAAUGGCAAAUGGAUAGCUUGGAUCCACACAGGCUUUGCCUACGCGGCGUUUCUUAGUGCGUUGAUUGUCGGUAUUGCGUUGCAUUAUCACAAGAUUGUUCAGAAUGAGCAUUACGGCUACCCCAUCGAAUGGUUCCCCUCCGUGUCCGCGACUAUCGGUGAUCGUUAUCCCGAACGAUCCUUCUUCCAGGUUUUCAUUGCCCUUACUUCCGGUCCGCGAUUCGCCCUUGUCUUCUUGUGGUUCGUCCUCACCUCGCGCCCAAACUCGGCCCUUCCCAAGUUGGUCGCUGGAGUGGGCAUCUUCCGGACUUUGACGUGUGGAGGCUGGACCUAUGUGACAUCUACCGACGAUCAUGAUUGGCACGACAUCUUUAUGAUCUCGUACUUGGUGGCUACCUUGCCGUGGACCCUUGGUUGUCUUGCGCUUAGCCCUAACAACCGCCGCGCCGUUAAGUACCGCAAGAUCAUGGCCAGUUUGUUCUUUGGGACAUUGGUUCCGUUGAUUUACUACUUUAUUCAGCACAAGGUGCACAAGGUUCCUGGUGCUUACACCAAAUACGCCUUCUUUGAGUGGUCCCUGGUUCUGUUCGAUGUCGGCUUUGAUGCUAUCGCAGCAAUCGACUUUGAAAGCUUUGAAAUUGUGGUGAGGGAUGUUAAAGGUGUUAGCAGAGGUGCCAAAGGCUAUAUUGGUUACGAAAGAAAAACAUUGUCUAAGUUUGCUCUCAUUAGGCAGUUGAAGACGACUGCAGACUCUGUCUUGGAAAAAGAGAAGGGAAAGCCGGUGGGCAACACCUUUGGCGAAGGCUUUUUCUGGACUGAGAUCAUUGAUGCUGCCUCGGAUGUCUAUAACGGAUUUGUUUUCUGGACGAUUGUGACUGCUCUGCCGGUUCUUGUCUGGUAUUUCCCCCUCUGGCACAUGGGUAUCUCCGGCUACGAAGUCGCCAUUGUCUCAUGCACAUCUCCGUUGCUUCUCUUCGUCCCAUCCUUGCGGUACGCAGCCGUGAAGAACCUCCGCCUGCUUCACCUAGCCUCGCUUGUUGGCCUCUUGGCAUACAAAUUCCAGGAUCCCGCCAAUCGUCUCUUUGUUACCAGCUUUGCCCUUGCUACCACUUGCGUAGCUUGGACAGCCGGAUUUUUCGCCGAAAGGGCCAACGCUCCUCGUCUUGAAGCCCGUAUCAUGGCCUGGGGAAUUGGUUUGAUCAUGUCCACCGUCGCCAAGUUCGCAUGCAAAACGAACAACCCGCUUUGGCCAAUCGUCAAUUCUGAUAACGGCGGCUGGAAUAAAAUCGGUAUCUUCAUUGCUCUGUUCGCCGUUUUGAGAUCUCAGAGACGCUCGAACACGACCGGUGAUGGUUACUUGCCAGCGGGCGGCAAGAAGGGAUCGUCGGUUUUGGCAGGUGUUGGAUUUGGUGGUCUCAUGUUCGCCAUCGUUUCGCUCUUGACCGACUCGAGCACCAUGAUCUCGUGGGUGUGGGACGGAUAUCCAGUGCGCGGGCCUCUUGCGGCUCCUCACGGCGCCUUGACCAUCUUUGCAAUGGGAGCCGGUCUUGUAUACGGAAUCUUCUACCCUCGUGUCGCCGGGAGCUGGACUGCCUUCGGAGUCGGCUCUGUCGGCGCCGCCCUUCUUACUUCAUACCACCACUGGACUGGAUUUUAUGGUGCCCUUGCCCUUGCAUUUUACAUCAUGGCCGUUACUCCAGUCUUGAUUGCCUCUACUGUCCGUCACUCUCCUGCGAGCACGUUCGGCAUUGGCUUCAUCGUUUAUGUCUUCCUUUUGCUCUUCCACGUCUGGAUUGUCGCUUAUGCAUUCGUGCCUGGUGGUCCUCUAGUUCGCGAGCACACUGAUUGGCUCAUGAUCACCACCAUGCUAUCCAUUGGUGCUGGUGUUUUCUCUGCAGCGACCUCGAAUUCGAGUCGUUCAUCUCGCAACAAGCCCAUCAGCCCCAACAGCCAGAGACAGCGGUCGUACUACAUUUACGUCCUCGCUGCACUGCAGCUCCUCUCUGUUUCCGUGGCUUACCUGCGUUUCCCUACCAACGACUAUACCCCUCACCACAAGGAAGAUAAGAUUGUAACUGCUGGUAUUUGGACUGUCCACUUUGGCCUUGACAACAACAUGUGGUCCUCUGAGCGCCGUAUGCGCGAUGUCAUUAGCGAACUCGAGCUGGAUGUUAUUGGUUUCCUCGAGUCCGACAAUCAGCGUAUCAUCAUGGGCAACAAGGAUGUCACUCAGUUCAUUGCCGAGGACCUUGGCUACUACACUGACUUCGGUCCGGGCCCUAACAAGCACACUUGGGGCUCCGCCUUGCUUUCCAAGUUCCCCAUCGUCAACUCCACCCAUCAUCUCCUCCCUUCGCCUGUGGGUGAGCUGGCACCUGCAAUCCACGCCACCCUCGACAUGUAUGGAGAGAUGAUUGACGUUGUUGUCUUCCACUCUGGUCAGGAAGAGGACCCCGAGGACCGUCGUUUGCAGAGCGAGUAUCUUUCCAAGCUGAUGGGCGACUCCCCACGUCCUUUGAUCUUGUUGAGUUACCUCGUCACCAAGCCACUCGAGGGUAACUACAACACUUAUGUGAGCGAGCGCAGCCAAAUGAAAGAUAUCGAUCCCACCGACUGGGACCGAUGGUGUGAGUAUCUGCUUUUCAAGAAGCUGCACCGUACCGGCUAUGCUAGAAUCAGUCGUGAUACUAUCACCGACACUGAGAUCCAGGUCGGCAAAUUUGUUAUUGGGGAGCCCGAACCCGAAAGUGAGAUGCGUAUUCCAGAAGAGAUGGUCCCUGUUGGCCGCCGCUUCCCUGCCCUGUUCCGCGGCGAAGGAGUACGUGGACACCGUUAUCACGUCUUCGACGAGCCCCGAUACUGGCAGUGA